AUGACCCAAAUUGACCAAGCGUUCCGAGACCUGGAGUACAAUCCUACUGCUGAUGCGUUGGGAACGUUCACGACACAACUCGAGACGCUUUCCAAAAUGCUCCCGUUCCCCGACAUGAAAGCUGGUCUCAUGGAUUGCCUCCGCAAGAUUCGCCGGGACAGGCGAUUCGACGCCGUUCGCAACGACGAGACGAUGCUCCGUCUGUACAAGAUACUCGGACAGUAUAGUGAAAAUCUGGGCAUGAAAGGAAUCUACCUCCAGCUUCACACCACUGGAAACUUCAGCAAAAGUCUCAAUCUCUACUUGCAAUGGGCUGAAGAGUUGGCCAAGAAGCAGGAUCUCACCGAGUUCACAAAAGUGCUUGACAUGGCUCGGAAAGCUCUCGACAAAACGCUUACCAUGCCAGAGAUCGAAUCUGGAUUCCGUGAUAUGGCCGAUGAGUACUUCCCGGAUGGUCGAGCAGCUGCGCUAUUCGCCAGUCCAGACGACACACUCGAUGUGUUCCGUGACAAUGCGCCAGGAAGGAGAAUGAAGAGACGAUCAUCGGCCAAGACAAAGCUGCGCUCCGAGUUCAUCGACGUUCCUGGAACAUUCGGUGUCUCGAUCGAAGAGUUUCGAUAUGCCAAGUGGAAGGACACAUUUGGAGAAGACGUUGAUCCACACAGAAGAGACUCUGGAAUCGUGCAGGCUAAGCAUCAAGUCGCUGCAAACGACCGAUGUGCUCGUGAAGAAGUUGAAAAUCGGAUUGCCUCGAAUCUCAAAAGACGUCCACCGCUCUCCCCACUCUCUGAAGCCAAUGCUGACGAUGAGGAUGAGAAGCGUAGCAGAAUCUACUCGCCAUUGGUUCCAACGAAAGAUGCCACUAGACCAGCGCUUCGAAACUCUAAAACGUUCCAAGACAACAUCCCCACUAUCACCCUUUCGUCGGAUACCAAAUCGGCUUCUUCGAAGGAGAUAAGUUAUAACCAACUAGAUGAUAGCGAUACGGAGGAGAAACUGAAGACAAUGGCAGCUGGAAGAGAGAAAGCUCGUACUAGCUCUCUCAGUAGUUCCACUAGCUCAUCUACCCGAACUGCAAAGAGUGGAGGGCUGGAUCUGAUGGCUGAGAAUAAUUGCUUGGAAGCGCAUGCGAUGUUCUCUGAAACUGUUCACAUAGGAGGUCCAGAGAAAACAAUGGUGAUCAGUGAUGAAACAAUGUCUAUCAAGCCCACCGAAGUCUCCAGCAACUUCUCGGUGCUUUGUGAUCCAGAUCCAACGAUGAAUUUGACUCAUGAUCGUCCGAAGAAGACGUCCGGAGGAUUGAAUAUGGUUUUCGAUGAGCUCGCGCUGGUUGAAGAGUCGAUAGGCGAGGCUGUUGAAGUUAAAACGGUUUCAAAGAUCAAGAAGGACCUAGAAGACACUCGUUUGGGGAAAUCGCUCAGGACUCCGCCAACAUUGGGAGACGAAGAUGAUAGUGAGUUUAAGCAAAAAAGAACAAAUAUUUCAAUAAAUCGAUACAUUCCAGUGUUCGACGAUGAGCUGAUCCAUGGUCACGGCUUCGGAAAGAUCACCCAUGGCUCAAUCGUCACAUCGACACCAGCUGCCGGAGUUGCAUUUGUGGAUAUCGAGUCAUACUUCGGAAACAAGUGGAGGCUGAUCAUGCGCCGAAAAUCACAAGCAGCAGCUGCACAAGCUCAAGUUGCGCCACCAGCACCACCACCACCAGCACCGAAGCAAGUUCCAGCUGCCAACUCAUCGAUUGACUGUCUUUCCGAUAAUCUCGGACGUCGCUUGUCCCUGGGUGCCGAUGAGAUUCGAGCUGCCAUCGUCGCUGGCGAAGCAGAAACAACUGGAAUUCUCAACCGCCGUCGUAGUGAGAUCAUCAGAAAGGGAGAUAUAAAUCCGUGGGAUGAGACACUCCGUAGAAGAUUGAUGGCAACAGUGCGUGCGCCAAUCAACAUGCACGAAUUCCAGGAGAGAGCACCGAAGAUCCAGGCGAACAGAGAUUGUGAAGUUGGAGGAGAAGUGUUCCAUAUUCAAACGCUGAUUGGACAGGGAGGGUACGCCAAGGUGUACAAAGCUGUGAACGAGGAGAAGAAAGUGGUGGCUGUGAAGUAUGAGGUUCCGUCGUGCUCCUGGGAAGUGUACAUUUGCGAUCAAAUGCGCAAUCGGUUGAUCAAGGAUCGCGAGGAUCGAGUGAAGAUGGCUGACUGGUGUAUUAUGAAAGUGAUGGAUGCUUACGUCUUCUCGACUGCCUCACUCCUUGUCAACGAAUACCAUGAGUACGGAACACUUCUGGAGUACGCCAACAGUAUGAAGGACCCGAACUGGCACAUCUCAUGCUUCUUGCUCACUCAAAUGGCUCGUAUAUUGAAGGAGGUGCAUGCUUGUAAUAUCAUUCAUGGAGACAUCAAGCCAGACAACUUCAUGAUUACUAGAAAAAUUGAUCCGAACUGGGACAAGGACGCUCUCAUGAGCAACGAUACGUUUGUGGUGAAGAUUAUCGAUUGGGGACGUGCCAUCGAUAUGAUGCAGCUGAAGGAUCAGACAUUCAAGGGAAGAGCUGGAACUGAAGAUUUCGACUCGCCAGAAAUGAUUGACGGACGCCCAUGGAACUAUCAAGCGGACUACUUCGGCUUCGCCGCCACUAUGGCUGUUGUGGUUACCGCGAAGUACGGAAAAUUGACGGGCAGCAAAGUGGGAGAGUACUCGUUGAGCUGUGAUAUCAAGAGACGAAACGCUCUUCGUAACACCAUCUUCGACAUUAUCAAAAAGUUCCUCAAUAUUGAAUCAGUCAAUACGCUCCCUGAUUGGUCGGAAGCCAUUCAACAGUUUGCCGAUUUCUGGGAGACGAAUUUUGACGGUUCUUCGUGGAGACAAGCGAUUGCCAAGUUCAACGAAGUCUGUGACCUGGCUGCCACUAAUCACAAACAAUGA